AGUUCAGUGCUGCGAGCAGUUGCUGGACUACACCACAACAUGUCGAUGGAAAGCAAGGUCAUAGCUAGCAGUAAUAAAGCUUCUCGUACGGCAUCGUCUGUGCACGACGUUUCGGCUGAAAAGCCACCAUUCGGAGCUCGAUUUCUGACUCCAGAUCAAGAUGUGUGGAGUCAAAAUGCGUGGGACCAUGUGCCGCCGCCCGACGACCAAGAUGAUAUUAUCGCUGCGGCUAUAGCGAGACAAAAGUCGGCACCUGUCCCGGAAGACGAGAAGAAAAAACACAACGAAAAACCUGCGAAAAAUUGGGAUAAUUUCUACAAGGCGAACGCGGGGAAUUUCUUCCGCAACCGUAAAUGGCUACACCUAGAAUUUCCAGAGCUUGUUAAAGCGGCCGAGCCUGAGACUGGGCCGUUAACUAUCGCGGAGAUCGGCUGCGGCGCUGGAAACGCCAUAUUUCCUCUCCUGUCCGCGAAUCGUAAUCCCAACCUGACCUUGCGAGCAUAUGACUACUCGUCGCAUGCAGUGAAAUUGGUGCAGUCGAACCCGCUCUAUCAGUCGCCACCUUUGGGAAAUAUCGAGGCUGCAGUCUGGGACCUGUCUUCGAAUUCUUUGCCAGCAGGGCUGGAGGGUGGCGCGGACUUCAUCAUCCUGAUCUUUGUGCUCAGUGCGUUGCACCCGAACGAGUGGCACCAAGCCAUGACAAAUGUCCAUAAGCUAUUGAAGCCUGGGGGAAUGUUGCUCUUUCGGGACUAUGGGCGAUACGACCUGACACAACUGCGUUUCAAAGGCGGCCGUCUUUUAGAAGACAACUUCUACAUUCGUGGCGACAAGACGCGGGUUUACUUCUUCGAGCUCCCGUCUGGCCUAUCCCACCCGCUCUUCGCCAUCGAGCAGCUUGGCGUUGACCGCCGGCUCAUCGUGAACCGGAAGCGCCAGCUGAAGAUGUACAGAGUCUGGAUGCAGGGGAAGUUCCGCAAGCUGUAGUGGUCGCGAAGCUUAUGUGCAGCUGCACAUUAGGAGUGCAUGCGCAUGAAGCAUAUGCGAGAGAAGGGAUUCCAGACUUGAACGUCCAGCCUACCCGUUAAGCAGACAGCUGAGAUAUCACUUAUAAUUACGCUUUACGACAGUUUUGUCUAUGAAUUGCCCAGUCUCUAGCAAUCCGCAUGAAUGGAAGGUCGACUUUGAGGCAAAUAUGGCGAAAUACCUACUUUUUCUGGCAAUCGGGGCCGCAAUACGCGGUAUGCCAGCAUCCGGUGCACACACGCAGACGAUGCGCUGGUUUAUGCACGCUGCACAAGCACUGGUCCCGUGCACAUCGUGAGAGCGGCGAGAAAAUACCGAUAUGGGCCAAGGAUAGGUCGCUCGAGCCAUAUUUGCCGACUCCCAGAGACGCUCCAAGAUCGAUCCACGCGUUGGAGAUCGUUCGCCAGCCGCCAUGGUAAGCCAAUCUGGGUGAACUCAGCUUCUGAAGAAUCUCUCUCCAGAGCGAGCAACUGAAGCGCCGCAUCGCCUCCAGCUGCGGACGAUUGCCCAGACUGUCAACUUGCCGUGUGCGGUGUUCGUUGAGGUGUACGAUGCACUGUUCGAUUAUCCUGUGCACCUGCGUCAGCUGCCCAUCUUGGCCUGGCACUAUUUGCCACAAUAAGCGUCCUUUAUAAGCGAGAUAACACGGGUGGUGCUCACUGCGUGGAGUGCUACCCUCCAAUAUUAGACGAAUAUACUGGAAAAGAAAGACAACAACAGCGUGGACACAUCGUUCCGAAGAUUUCUGAUAGAUAACUGCAGGCGGUGUACUGUAGAGU